CUCAUGAAGAGCAAUUCAUUGGGCCCCGACGAUUCUUUGGGCCAUAAUUGGGCUGGUCUUUUCAGGCCUGUGUUCAUUAAACUUGACACGUGUUAAUUUUAGUCGCCAUUUCAUGGUCACCUGCUCAGCUUUGUGACUCGUGUUAAGCAAUCGUCGUGGGUGAUGGAGAGACUCGGCGACGACGAGUUGGGGCUCGUGCUGAGGAGCGUCGUCCGUUGGCGCGACCGCAAGUCCUGCGCCCGCGUCUGCCGGACGUGGCGCCGCGUCGAGGCCCUCACCCGCUCCGCCCUCCGCGUCCUCGACCCCCAUUACCUCCCCCGAUUCCUUCCCCGCUUCCCCAAUCUCACCGCCCUCGAGGCCGCCACGCCCAUCUCCGACGCCGACCUCGACCUCAUCGCUCGAUCCUGCCCUGACCUUGAAUCCCUGAACCUCAACGCCCACCGUAGCCGAAUCGAGCUCGACGAAGAGCCCCAAGGCGUCGAACCGCCUGACGUCACUGACGCCGGCUUGUGCGCCAUCUCCAUCUGCUGCCGGAAACUUAAAAACAUCUCUUUGAGGAGGAGGAAGGGAGUCGGCGACGUGGGUGCCAUCGAAUUGGCGAAGCACGCCAAGGGUUUAUCUUCUCUUGAUUUGUCCUGGUGUAGUAAGGUCACGGACCGGGCGGUCGGAGCGUUCUGCGCCUUGAACUCGCUGAUGGUCUUGUGCCUCCGGGGCUGCCCCUUGGUCACCGACUCCGGAUUGGCUUGUCUGGCCAACGGGCCAUUGUCGAGAUCCCUGAGAGUGUUGGACGUCUCUGAAUGCGAUCAGAUUACAGACCUCGGUGUUUGCUUGUUGCGACACAUCCCGUGCUUGGAAGAAUUGAGUCUUGCAGACUGCGGGCCGAUGAUUACGGAUGUGGGAGGCAUCGCCACUGCGUCUAUCGUUGGCCUUCAGAGUCUUGAUCUUUCGUGGCUAAUCAAUUUGUCCGAUGCCACACUUAUUGCGCUGGCUCGGAACUGCAGGAACAUGGUUGAGAUCAACGUGACGGGUUGUGAAUUGGUUACUGGUGUGGGGAUUCUUUCCUACUCGAACCACCCGGCACUAAAGAUCCUUGUCUUAGCUUCGUGUUAUGGUAUCUCUGCCAACGAUGUCGAGCGGAUGAUGCUGGCAAGUCCAUCUCUGAGGUAUGUCCGGUUGGACAAAUCAUUGAGGGGUUGGAUGCCAUCUUCGGUACAGGAGAAGCUGUCUCAUAUCUGCAGGAUAGAUUGGCUUUGAGAUGUCGAUGCAGUGGACAAUGUUGGUAGAUGAACUCAGAUUUGGAACCUCAAGGUAGUCGUCACACAUCUGGGGAGCACGCAGGAAAUUGGUCUCUGAUGUUGAAUUGGAUUGGCAAAUUUUACAGCAUGGAAAUUGUUGGUAUCUUUUUAAUGUUGCUCCGUGUCUUAGUGCACAUGUAUCGAUCAUGGAGAUUGUAAAUUUUACAUGGCUUUGGGAAGAUGUGGUUGUGGUGUAAGAGACGUCUGAGAGCUUCAAAUUUUACCGAUAGAAGUUACAAAAUUAGAGAAUCCUGAGGUUACGGGACUUGAAACUCUUCCUAUUUUGAUAUUUCUGUUCUUCUCCAGUCUCAUUUUCUUCUGUGCGCCUCUUUGGAGCUUAGCUUGCACAAUUCCUUAACAAGAUUAUUAUGUGAAUGCAAGUGUUGCUGCACAUCAACUUUGUGCUCGCUGUAUAGGAGAGUUUUCAUAGUCUCUGGGCAAAGUGCAUGAAUUGUCUGCAUACAACAUCCUCGGAGGGGAAGAUGUCGAUGGGAAUGCUUUGCCAGUGUAAGAUGUGGCUCUGCAACGUUGUCUUAGGAAAAGAAGACUGAUAUCUGAGCUGCUUGUUUCUUCCCUCCUCCCUUCUUGGUGGAAGAUAAGACUUCAGCACCUUCCACGGACUCUGUUCUGGAGGACUAUGCAUAUGUAUGUGCACACGAACGCUCUGAUCUCUGGGUUUGUGAAGACCCAGCUAAGUUAUAUUAACUAUUUCAAUGAUGCGCAAGGGGCUCGCAUUGACUGUUAGGAGUAGGUAACCCGUUUGCUAUCUUUGUUUCUAUUGCAUUCUAUCUCAAAGAACAUUUUGUGUUUUAUCAUUUCCGAAAAAGUUGAUAAACUACAUGGAUAUGUAAAAGAUAUUAUUUGUUUUCCAUCA